UUUCAUGGUUGUUGUAUUCUGAUUAAUUCUGAUAGGAAGUGUUGCCACAGUGUUGUUGUUACCAAAAGGCUUACAGUAAGUCUCAAUAUCUGACUGCCUAGGUUGUUCAAAGGUUGGUUGUUCACUUUUUAAGAAUUUGUCAUCACUGGAGUGUAAUAUGCAAACAACUGUGACAGAGACCUUCACACUGUAGUGGUUUCAGUGGUUUCAAGAGUUGGCAUUAAGACUCAACAUGUUGCUUCUUGUCUUCUCAAAACAAUUGCUCUGAUGCUAGCAAUUAAUUAUGUUAUUGUUAAACUACAAACUAUUCGCUUGAUUAAUCAUUUGGCCAGUAGAACGCCUAAAUGUGUUCAGUUUUCUUUCAUAAAAGACUAAGAAAACUAAAAUAUUCCCCUUUGAGAGACUGAAACCACUUAAUGUUUGUAUUUUAAACAAUACUGCUACUUAUACAGAGGUAAUCUUUCAAAAUAAACACACAUCUCAAUACAUUUGGUAUUAAAAUCCGGUCCAAACAAAGAGUGAAGGCAGAAGAAAGAAUAGAGGGUUGUCUCUGCCAAAUUAAAUGUAUUAUUAUUGGGCAGCUAACAUCCAUGAACUGGUCUAGGCAGAGGUGGAUGAAGAAAUCUCCUAUGUCGUCUCAACCCUUAAACCUGUUGCCUUGUUACACUAAACUCUCUGUGCCCUGCUGCCAUUUCGAAAGUGUCUUUUUACAAACAGACCUGUUGUCUAUGGAGCUUUUAAGAUUUUGGGUCAGUUAAGGAUUCAUUUUAUCUAUAAAUACUUCUUUGUUAAGGGUCCCAUUUUGAGUAAUUCUCUGUUCCCUGCCUCCAUCAUUGACCCGGCUUUCCAACUGCAGGGUAGAAAAGGUGUGACCUGUGUAAAGGGCCUCUUUACACCUAUUGGUAGUUACAGGUGUUUGUGUAGUUGGAUUCCAGUAACCUAUAUUUAUUUCUCUCUGACUUUUGAGCCCUCACAGAACAUUUCAACAGAAGACUGUUUAAAAAUGUAGUUAUUUCAAAAGCAUGUAUUGUCUGUUUUAUACAGAUAAUCCAUGUAGCUGGGCUUCAAUGGGGAGAGGAGCUGGGCUUAUAGAUCACAGUUAGUGACUAGUCUGAGUCAUUCCUUAUCAUAGUACACCAGGGAUGUGCUAUUACAGUUUCACAGGCUCUAUCUGAUCAGCAGCAAACUGGCAAUACUCUUUUGAGGAAAAGUUCAAGAUGUGAACAUAAAACACCAUUAGCUAUAUGUUUGCACUGUUCUUUUAAUUUUUUUAUGCCCUUUCAAAUAUUUGUGACACAGUUAUUAAUUCCAACCCAAAGCCACAUUCAGGGUAGUACCCAAGGACGUAAAGAUCAACGCUUACCAAGGUCAGCAAGAUUUCACUACUCUGUUUACUCAACUGAAUCCCAUCAACUCUCAUAAGCGCUGGAUGGUGACUGUAAUGCCACAUGACAACUCAAACAGCUAAAGGAUGGUACUAUACUACUCAAAGCUCAGCCAGAAAGUUUUGAUUUUUGGGUGUGGUAUGAUGUUACAGGUGUCCUCUUGAAAUGGCAGCUGUGGUGUUCAAAUGUCAGGCCAGUUGAUAUAUCACCAUCUUCCUCUCCACACAGUCAAACCUCGUCUUUUGUUUCAGGUUGUGCCACUGAUACUUCCCCUGAUUACCACUGGUUACACCAUGGUGGCCAAUAAUUCAUGUUAUACAAAGUGCCCAGCUGGAUAUUAUGAAAUUGGUAACUGUGAAGACUCAAGCGCACCACACAGAUGCAAAAAGUGCAGUCAUGGCACAUACACAGAAAUAGAAAAUUCUUUAACAGAAUGCCGUAGGUGUGUCCCGUGUGGUUUUUAUGAGAGGGAAAUUAGGCCUUGCUCCUUUAACAGCAAUGUGGUAUGUGGAUGUAAAAAGGGAUAUUACAAUGCAAGCCCUGGCAGCCAUAUGAGGGAUUGUAAGAAGUGCCACUGUGAUCAUUGUCAAGGGACCAUUAAAACUGAAUCCCAAAGGAUGUGCAUGGACUACUGCACAGGUUGUUUGAAUAAUCCAAGAUGCAAGAAGAAAUGUAUGCCAACAGGUCCACCUACAACUCCUUCUACAACUCUACCUACAACUCCUUCUACAACUCUACCUACAACUCCUUCUACAACUCCAUCUGCGACUCCUUCUACAACUCCAUCUACAACUCCUUCUACAACCCCAUCUCCACCUAAAGUUAACCAAAUACCCUGGCUGUUUCUCGUGGGGGUUAUGGUGACAUUUCUGGUGCUCUUUUGGCUCCUGCUGUUCUUCACCAGGAACCCACUCAGAUUCCCAGACAGGUGUCUCUGCUGGCAUUUGAACAAAGCUCAGGAGGUGCCUCUUGAGGAGCCCAAAUUAAACGAACAAGACAUUCAUCAAAGCAGCUGUCCCACCACGCUGACAUUAAACAUAUCAGAGGAAACCCCCAUGAUGGCUCUCAAUCAGAGUCCAGCCACCCCUGAUCCAGCCUGCGUCGGUCCUGUACUACCAGAUGCCGAACACAAAGCUGCCAGACAAGAAGCGCAAUCGGGUCACUGGCCGGCCAUCGUCCUGUACGCAGUUAUCAAGGAGGUGCCCUUGCGUAGGUGGAAAGAAUUCUUGCGUCUGCUCUCAGUGGAUGAUCAGCAGCUGGAGCGGGUGGAGCUGGAGGCUGGUUUGGGUCUGGGCUCCAUGGAAAGGCAGUACCAGAUGCUGAGACUGUGGAGCCAACGUGCCUCUUCGAGCAUGAACGAUGUCUUCUCUGCCUUGCACUACAUGGAUUUAUCUGGCUGUGCUCAGCUGCUGCAGGAAAGCCUGGAGAAGCUGCCAUGGAAGCCUGAGCUGAAGCAAGGUUGCACAGACAAUGGGGCAAAGCAGGACAGCUGAGGCUUCACCUGGGGACACACAGUACCACACUAUCAUACAAUGAGAGACAUCAGCACAUAAGACUUGACUAAAGACUAAACUUGAAAUUCCCAGAAAGGAUGUUAUUAAUUGUAGCAACUGCGUGGUGUGACCACAGGCUGCAAUAAUGUCACAAAUGACCAUAAUGGGGAACUAUGGAGAUCCCGAUAGGCCCAACUAAAAUUGGAGUAUUCCUGCUACUAAUGAAAUACAUUCAAGACGGAUGUAUAAUUGUUCCUUUCGCAAAUCUCAAUUGUUGAGCUUUAUGUUAACUCCAAAUUGACUCUUUAAAUGCAGAAAAUAAUGUAUUAUUUGCAGUACAGAGUCAGUUGCAGAACUGGUGCUUAGGUUAUUAGUUGGUUUCUUCAAAUGCAGAAGGACACUACUAUCUAGUAAUCUAGGUAGAGAGGAAUUAUAUUUAAAUAAGUAUUACGGUAAAACCCCCAUAUUAGUUUGCUAUACUGUGAAAACACCACAGUUUCUUGUAUGUAGUCUUAAAGGCCAACAGUGGAGGGUUGUGGUUUUACAGCACAGUGCUGAAAUGUAAAUGAGUGUGUAUGUGGUAAACCAGGAAAUGGUUAACAGGAAAAAGAAAAAAAAAACUUGUUUGAUUUCUAAAGAACUCGGUGCUUAGAUUUUUCUUUUUCCUCAAUUCUUCAGUUUGAGUAUAUAAACUGUGUGAACUUUUUAGUGUACAUCUAUGAUGUUUUCACCACAUAUGACAAUCUCCUUCAUCUGGUUUGACACCAGCCACUGGUUUUAGGUUGUGCACCCCUGCAGAAGAAAAAAAACAACAACAAAAAAAUAAAUAAAACUGAAAUACCCACAGGAUGUCAGAUAUUCAGUUUCCUGCAAAUAAAUAGUCUCAGGGUGCAGUGCAGUGGGCUGGGUUUUUCCUCACCACACAUAUUCCAUUCAAAGUGAAGGUUUCCUGUUUUGAGGUUGCGGUAUCUCACUUUGAGAGUUUUAAUGUAAUUUUUGUUACUGACCGUAAAGCAGUUGGGUUUUCCAGUAAAUGGAGUUUAUUAAUGAAUGUUUGAUUAUGUAUCUAGAUCUGUGGUUUUGUGUAAAUGGGCCUUGAGACAUGUGUGUAUAUAAUUUAUAAUUAUUAUUUUAUUUUAUUCUCUGAAACCUUUAGUAGACCUUCAGUAGAUUGUUAUAUAUCAGGGUUAGGAAGUUUAUUCUCACUGAUCUCAAUUUUGGUACAUAU